AUGCAGAAGAAGACAACUAAUUGGGAGCCGUCCGUCCAAAAAAUGACUGGGAGCGUGGGGAUAUUGAAAGGGGAUGUUACCAUGUUCCUCUCGCUGAAAGAUGGGAAAAAUCACCGUUGUCAGUUCUAUACGUUAUACAAGUAUGUUUUAAGUUUCUUUCUCGAAGUAAUAAUAUUAGAGAACAGUGUAAGACACCACGACGUCGGCGGUGAAGAAAACGUCACUUUAAACUAAAGCGCGAUCACGAUCCAAACUUGCUCUGACGUUAUCUUUUGUUGUCACACUUGGGCUUUAGUAAAAGGCCUAAACUAAGUUCAACAGAAUGUAAAACAAACUUUGCCAUAGUAAAACUCAUUAGUUGACGUCCCAGACGGUUUCUUGAUUAACCUCGAAUUUCAGGAAUAAUAGGCACUUUGCAUGAUUUGAUCACGUGAUCAACUUUCGGUAAACACGAAAACAGUUCGCUUUUGAAAAACUUUGUUGCACAAGCUGAAAAAGCAUAUUAAAAUUAGGUAACCUGAGAAUUUUCAGCCGUAUAUGUACUGUCGCACUUUGUAAUAAUCGUCGCACUUUGUAAUACCUGUCGCACUUUGUAAUAAAAUUGUCACACUUUGUAAUACCUGUCGCACUUUGUAAUAACACUUGUCGCACUUUGUAAUAAACUUGAAAUAGAUAGUCGGAGGACAAGUAAACCCAGUAAUCAGUGUCAUCAUCGACAACAACAACAACGACAAUAAUAAUGAUAAUAAUAAUAAUAAUAAUAAUAAUAAUAAUAAUAAUAAUAAUAAUAAUAAUAAAGUAAAAACUUGCAAGAGGUGACAGGCCGCACAUCUUCACCGGCGAGAAACCUUUGAAAACCUUUUACAUAUUGCUCCAUUGAGAAGAACUCUUUCAGGGAUCUUACAGUUUAAUAUUUGAACCAUGAUAUAGCUUAUAUAUAGCGAACCAAGAUACGGCUUGGUACAGUUUAUGUUCAGCAAGGGAAAAUUGUGCAAGUUGAGCAGAACCUUUUAAAUGUACAGCAGACAAUUUGUUCAGUUCGCGCGUAUUCCUGUUGAAUUUGUGGCCCGUUUAUGAGAUUUGUCUACUCAAAAAUAUAACAAUUUUUCCAUAGCUGCUGUAAUCGUAGGGUAUCUGCUUUUAAUAUCUUCGUAAAGUUUAGGUUUACGCGAUCUCAGAGAACAAUGUUCAGCUGUGCACAGCGCGUAGCCUUUAGCUAUAUCCAGAUCUAACACUGGUUUUGUGUAUUUAUCACAAUGAUGCCGUUUCAUGUAGGUUCCAGCGUAUUCGAAAUUUCCACAACAUUCAUUAGUAGUGGUCAUCGUGGCACAAUGACGUGAUAUGCAAUGUUUUAAAGAACAUUUUGGUGCGAAAAUAAUAGUGACAAUAAUGAUGAUGAUGACAAUGAUUGUGGCACCGGGUUGUGCUCUGAGUUUGUGAUUUUCAUUUGGUUUUAUGAAAUACAGUAUAGCUUAUUCAUAGUAAUAAAUACAAAUCAAGUAAUAUCUCUGUAUAUGUCUCAAGUAAUACCUCGCAGGUAACCAAAUCAUAGGUUUUCUAGUUGCCUGUGCUAGUAGUAAAACUUUAAAAAUAUUUUGCUUAAACGAUCACAUUUCGCCUGAAGGACACCUUUAAUUACUUUUACUAACAAUCAAUUAAAUGAAAUUCCAACACAAACUCCCAUUUUAAACGACUCUCCCUGUCAUAGGCGUAGACACUUUCUCUCUAUCGAGGUCGUCCGCAUAUAAAGAGUUGUACUUCCCUAGAAAGAUCUUGAAGCCAGAAGUUGAUGUGAACACUUAUUAUUAUUAUUGUCGUUGUUGUUGUUGUCGAUGAUGACCCUUAUUACUGGGUUUAUUUGUCCUCCGACCAUCUAUUUCAAGUUUAUUACAAAGUGCGACAAGUGUUAUUACAAAGUGUGACAGCUUUUUUUAUUACAAAGUGCGAUGGUCUGUUAUUACAAAGUGCGACAGCUUUUUUAUUACAAAGUGCGACAAGUGUUAUUACAAAGUGCGACAGGUAUUACAAAGUGUGACAAUUUUAUUACAAAGUGCGACAGGUAUUACAAAGUGCGACGAUUAUUACAAAGUGCGACGGUACAGUAUAUCUCAAAAGUAGCGAUUGCAACGGCCGCCGAAAGUUAGAAGCAUUUGUAUGAGAAAAAGAACUUUUGCCAUCCAAUCACCUUGCAUGGUGAAAAGCGGAUCCUACCACACCAGACCAGAAAACCACGCGAACGACUUUGAGAAAGUCUAAUUCAGGGGUACCCAACGACGGUUUCCUCCGAAGUGCAUUGAAAGUCUUUUUAGGCUAUCCAGAGUACUUUUAGAUCUCUAGAAAUGCCUUCUAGGCGGCGCUAUAAAAUUUAUAUCUGUUUGGUCAUCCUAGGAGAACUGGAGGCUUUUCGAAAUUACAAGGGCUUCAGUGAUAUUUUCCCGAAAAUUUUAGAUGCACUUGAAAGUUUCACGAAUGUGAGAAUUUUUCCCUUUCCUCUCUCCAUCAAAUUUUUGAAUCCGAAAAUUUUAGGUUUCCUUUUUCUACGAAAAUUAGCCUAACACAAGUGGUAAAAUAAGAAAAAUUAAACUCCAGAAAAUCGCAGGGAAUUUUUUAGAUAAGCUUCGAAAAUUGUACCUGAAUGGAACACACAUCUUGAAAUUUUUAGCCGUAUUCAAGCAAUAGAAAAUUCUAGUCAAAAUUUGCUUCUCCGAACAGACAUUUUACAGAAAACAGUAGUUGGGUGCCCCUGCAGAUUGCGGGGACGGUGCAAACGUGAGCAGGAAAAAUAGCGCACACUCCACCCAUUAUCUAUAAACGCCUGGAACAGGUUACACGAGUAACUGGUUUAUUUUGGACCUUUUGGUCAAACCGAACUUUCAGCGAUCGGUUAAGAGCAUUUACCCUGGGCUUUGAGAACUUCACGUGGGUGGCAUUCUUUAAGUUUAAAAUGGACUUGCGUUACAACACAAUAUGUAUAUAUUUUUUCUGCACAGAG